GCAGGGUUGUUUUUUGGCAGCUUUCGCUGUACUGAAACGUAUCAUUUCUUCAGGCCUCUCUGUUUUUGUUUCCCUAUUCUUGUUGUCUGAUAAGGAUGUAAAAACAUUUUGCUUGAAAAAUUGGACGCUCUUUGUGGGUUUUUCAUUAAGUUAGUGUGAUUGCCAAUACGAGUUAAACACCGUCAUAUGCGAAUCAAUUGAUGUGCCGGAAGAAUAAACCAGAAAAGGAUAGACAGUGAUGGUGAUUUUUCCCAUUUGCUGAAGCAAUAAUACGGCGGCAUUCGGUUCGGCCGGAAGUGCCAUCGAGGAGCUAUCGAGUGAAAAGUGCUUAUAAAUAUUGUUGGUGCUAUGUUGAUAUUAGGAUAGUGAAAUGGCUCAUUGAGGAACACAUUUUAUGGUUAAGCGUCAUCCAGAGUCAAGUGCAGAUUGUCCGCUAAAUGAGAACGCCCGAAUCAAUAAAUUGAUUUUUUCAUCCCACUGAGUGUGUCUCAUCAUAAUUCGAGAAGCUUGUGUGUGUUUACGUUUCGUGCUUUGGGUGCAGAAAUGCACUGGUUAGUUUGAAGGCGAAAUCGUUCCACUGAAUAGUUGAUGAAAAUUAGUAAUUAUUCAGUUUCUUGUUAUCGAUUGCAAUCGAGCGUCGCCGAGUAGGUCUUCGCCUUGAUGGCACUCCGUCCCUUGCUGACGCCGAUGGGUGGGAAAUGAAUCCUAGGGUAUGACAUCAGCACCGCUGGAUUGUAGAGCUUUGGGCGUGUUUUGCUACAAUUAGACUCUUGCUGCUUUGUGGUACUGUGACUUAGUCGACGGGUGCUAGCGCUAGCGGAUAGGCGGAAGUAGACAUCGUAAUCACAGCUUUGCUCAACGGCGGAAGAUGAAAUCGGCCUUCCAACAACGGAACUAAUCAUCAUUACAGUGUUAUCAAUGUUUCAGACAUGCCGCCUCUGGAAUCUGAGUAUAGCAAGCGUUCUGGCACUGACAUUGUCUAAUGUGUUCCUGACCGUACGGCUGCUACAUAACGGCGACUGCAACAGUCAGUACAGUGCCAAUGUCGAUGACGGUGCUUCGCUGGUUCCACGAGCCCCGAUCCUCACACCGGCCACCUGCCUCGAGUAUGUUCUGGCCGAAUCGCUCACCAACAAUACCGACAAAGCGGUAUUCUCCGGACUGGACCUACGGCUGGGACGGUGGGACUCGAGAAGACUGUACAAGUUCUUCGAUUUCGCUGUGAUCGGCGAAAAAUAUCCGGAACUGGGGGAGAAGUACAGUGUCUGCUUGGCGACGCAAAGUUCACUGGAAAAAAUCUACUCAUUGGUUCAGGUGUCGCAUCACUGGUCCGGUCCCAUUUCCGCUGCAAUUUUUGCAGCCGGAAACGAUGAACUAUAUCUACUGCAAAUUUAUCUAUCCUAUCUGAGAAAUUGCUUCAAAACGAUUCGUGAGCGGGUCAGCUUUCAUUUGGCCCUGCCCAAGGACCGAACCCCGACCCACCUGAAGAGCGUACAUGUGGGUGACUUCACCAAGUUCGAUUGUGCCAAACCAGAAGCAACGUUAAACGAUCUGAUCAAACUGCGCAAAGCUGACACCAAUAAGUGGCGUAUUAAAAACCCUUACCCGCAGAACCAUCUGCGGAACGUUGCUCGAAAAGGUUGCCAAAAUAUGUACGUAUUCCUGACCGAUGUCGACAUUAUUCCUAGUGUAAAUUUUGCCGAACACCUAGACAAAUUUCUGAGAAAUCGGAAACCGCACCACGGCGGCCAGCAGAUGGCGUUCGUAGUGCCCACGUACGAGCUGGACGAACGGGUUCGCUUUCCCCGCAACAAGACUGAUCUGAUACGGCUAGCCAACAAGGGGCUGGCGCGGCCGUUUCAUCACAAAGUUUUCAUCUACAACCAGUUUGCGACCAAUUUUUCCAGAUGGCAAACAGAAGUUUCGGAGAGCGAUGAAACGCGUGUCUCUCACAACGUGACUAAUUUUGAGUUCCUGUAUGAGCCGUUUUAUGUUGCACCGGACACCGUGCCGCCCCACGAUGAAAGAUUUCUGGGAUAUGGUUAUACAAGGAACACUCAGGUCUAUGAAAUGUUCGUCGCCGGCUACCAAUUCCAGGUGCUCAGCCCCCUCUUCACCGUCCACUGGGGGCUGCAGAACAAAAAAAGUCGUCCAGCUUGGCGUGAGCGGCAGAACAAUGUCAACCGAAAAUAUUUCGAAAUCUUCAAACGGGAAGUGUUUGCCCGUUACCACAAAGAUCCACUGCGGAUGCUGCUGCCGAAGAAAGUGCAAAAACAGCACGGCGUGGGAGCAGUAGUCGGAGCAGGUGGCGGUGGCGCUGCCGAUAAUAAUGGCUGAUGAUUGAGCAACGAACAACGAAAAACCUGAUGACAGUGAAACAUCGUUGUGACAGCCCCGAAACAACAAGUGAAGCUACAUUCGAAAACCAAAACAUCAAUAGUUGCACGUGAACUCAUGCUUCUCCUGCCAAAUUAGUCUAUGAAUAAAUUGGAUGAUAUCAUACGCUUGACGGGAACCAUAUAGUGGUUGAAUCUCAUUGCAAUACAUACAUCGUAUAUUCUAGCGUGAUAUUCCAUCGGUGUUUCGAUUCGUUGAAUCGAAAAAUUUCUUUUUCGACAUUGGUUUUAUGUUAACAGUCAUACAGAUGUGAAAUGCAACAGGACAAUUGAUUAGUUUUCUUACUCGCAACUGCUUUAAUCAUUUAGAGCUAUUCUAAACAUUCAAUUAGAAUAAAAAAUACAUACUCUUAGAAUCAUAUAAUUAUAAUUUGAUUAGUUACUGGAACGGAACUAGCGAACACAUGUGAGAUGGCAUAUACAACGGAAAGAUUUUUGAUGUUCAUUUGAUGAUGGGCCAGUGUAUAUAAAGCUAUUUUUAACAGAACAUUUAGUAAACGAAUAAAUUAAUGUUGUAAUUACCACCUUGUAA